AGCGAGAAAGUUGCAGCUAAUUGUGUUAUGGAACUGCUACUAACCUGAAUAUUUUCUCCGAAGCUUAUUUACGACGUUUCUCAUUGUCUAUGCAAUAGAUACGCAUCCAAAGCGAUACAUACGGUGUUAAGCUUUUUGUGACAAAUGUGUAGUAAAAAUGAAGGAAAACGCUGUACUUAAGUGGCAAAAAGUGUACAAUCCUAGCGGGCCCCAACCACGUCCCCGCCAUGGUCAUCGCGCGGUUGCUAUUAAAGAUUUGAUGAUUGUAUUCGGCGGCGGAAAUGAAGGGAUCGUUCAUGAGCUUCAUGUCUUCAACACUUCAACAAAUCAAUGGUUCGUUCCUGUCACCAAAGGGGAAGUGCCCCCCGGCUGUGCUGCCUACGGUUUCGUCGUAGAUGGGACCCGUCUUCUGGUUUUUGGCGGCAUGGUGGAGUACGGCAAGUAUUCCAAUGACCUAUACGAACUUCAAGCUUCCAGGUGGGAAUGGAAACGUCUUAAACCCCUUCCUCCCAAACAAGGACUGCCGCCAUGCCCCAGGCUUGGUCAUAGCUUUACUUUAUUGAAUGGUAAAGUCUACUUAUUUGGUGGCUUGGCUAAUGAAAGUGAUGAUCCUAAAAAUAAUAUUCCGAGAUAUUUGAAUGAUUUGUACACACUUGAAUUAUACCCGAGUUCAUCAAUGACUGUUUGGGAUAUACCAUUAACUUAUUGUCAAUCACCACCACCCCGGGAGUCACACAGUGGUGUAGCAUAUACUGACAAGAAUACUGGAAAGUCUUCAUUAAUAAUAUAUGGGGGAAUGAGUGGUUCACGUCUAGGAGAUUUGUGGGUUCUUGAUGUAGAUAGCAUGUCUUGGUCUCGGCCCGAGUUGGGUGGCCCCGCACCAUUGCCCCGGUCACUACAUACUGCUACAGUUAUUGGACAUCAUAUGUAUGUAUAUGGUGGUUGGGUGCCACUCGUCCCUGAUGAAUCAAAACUUGCCACCCAUGAAAAGGAAUGGAAAUGUACAAAUACACUUGCUUCCCUUAACCUUGAAACCAUGACAUGGGACAAUAUAGCUUUGGAUAAGUUUGAGGAUUGUGUACCUCGGGCGCGCGCCGGACACAGCGCUGUGGCCAUACAGACAAGGCUAUACAUAUGGUCAGGAAGAGAUGGAUAUAGAAAAACUUGGAAUAACCAAAUUUGCUGCAAAGACUUGUGGUAUUUAGAGGUGGGUGUGCCUCCUCAAGCAGGCAGGGUGGCACUUGUGCGUGCUGGCACUACUUCACUGGAACUCUGCUGGCCAGGAAUGAGCACUGUCACUACCUAUCUUCUUCAAGUUCAAAAAUGUGGCAAAAUAACACCUGCUCGGUUCCCCACGGCAGCAGAACCAGUAUCUGCUCCUCCACCUGCUUCUCCUGUAGCCUCACAACCUGACGCCGCCAAAGCUUUCGGACUCAUAUCACCGGUCGCGACCGGCUUGCCCCCCACCCCUGUUGAGUUGCGGCAGGUGCGACCAGUGGCAGCCGCAGUAUCACCAGCGCCUGCUUCUGGGCCUGUUGCAUCUACGCCUCAAAAGAUCGUUUCUGGUGCUAUCAAAGUUCCCGCGCAGUCUGCUGCCGUCAAAAUUUCAACCAACACUCCCACUUUAAAGCAAACCUCAUAUCAAACCAAGACGGUAGUCAAGUCCCCGGCUGCCGGGUCAUCGCAACAGAUUAAAGUGGCGGCCGUGACACCGCAAGGUGUUACGAGGAUAGUGAGCGGCGUGGGUACGCCGGGCACGGUGCGAGUGUCGACCGCACAGUCGAAUGCACAGAUCGUACUGGGUACGAGCGCUGGCGGCGCGGGAACUCCACGCUUUGUCCAAGUCAAAACUGGCUCGAGCGCCGGAGUGCCGGUCAAGCUGGGUGCAGGAAAUAUGCCCGUGAAACUAGCUGGAAACGCGGUUCCUUUGAAAAUUGGUUCGGCUAAUAUUCAGGGCAAGAUAGCGACGAACAGCGUUCAAAAAGUAGCCACUACUAAUAUGCCGCUGAACCUGCCCGUCAUCGGCGGCGGCGGCGGCGCGAUACAGAUCGCGAGCGGUGCUCUCGCGGGCCAACAGGUCAAGGCGCCGGUCUACAAGAUAGUGACGGCUAAAUCUAGCGAGCAAGUAACAUCGGCGACGAGUGCCGGAGCGGCGACGGGAGCUACGGUUCUGCGACAGGCCGGCGGCAACGCUGGCAUACCCGUCAUCAUCAAGAAAACCCCCGGCUCUGGCACCCAAACUUCCUCACCUCAGUAUGUUACAUUGGUAAAGACAUCGACUGGAAUGGCGGUAGCGACGAUGCCAAAAAUGACCAUGAUGCAAAAUCGGCCAACGGUGCCGGUGAGUGCGGCGCAAGCGCAAGGAAUAACCCAGGGCGCGACCAUCGUAAAACUGGUGUCUGCGAACACUGUAGGGGGAAACAAAAUCAUUACCUUGCCCUCAAACAUGCUACAGCUGAGCAAGCCAGGUGUCGGCGGGAAGCAGACGAUCGUCAUCACGAAGUCCGCGGGGCAAGCAACACAGCCGGGCCAAUCGCAGUGAGCCUGUUCCCGCAAGUUUGUUAUGUUAACAUAGAUACUAAAUAAGAGGACUAUAUACACUAUAUUUUAAAUUGUAUGAGUUUUUUGUAUGUUAUUUCAGGGCGUCAUUAAAAAGUUUAUUGACACAUUUUAUUUACUCUGAUAUUUUUACUUUGUAUAAGGAUGUGUAUGUGUGCAUGCAGUAAGGUUGCGCUGCCAGAAAUGUGUGCGGAGAGUGCUUGCUCUGCAGCAAGAAGCCAGUGGGACUGAAUGCGGGCCUCCCAGCACUUCUCAGUAUGCAAUGUGAAACAGAGCUAAAUGAGGUAAACCUAUUCAAACUUUUUUGAAUUUCACCAACAAAAUGCAUAAAUUAUUAAAAUAAAAUGUUACUUGUUAUUUAAAACAUCUUUAUAAUAACUAUUAUUAGGUUUUUAAAACAUUCUAUAAAACUGUUUGUUUAAGAUUAUGUACAACUGUUCUUUUUCUAUAUCUUCAAUGUCCUUCAUUUUUGAUAAUUUUCUUUUUGUGUGAAUAAUAAUUUCUUUCUCACUGUGCAUUUCCAUUGUGGUGAUACUUGUAUUGAAACAUAUUAUUUUCUCUGUUCCAAAAAUGGGGUGGAUUAUAAAUUCAUUCAAUGAAAUUCUAUAGAAGAUAUCAGACAGUGGAAGUUUCAGUGAGGGAAGUCUUCCGAACAUCUACAAUGUUUUGCUACAGACUAGUAUGAUUCAAGUGAUUGUGUGUCUCAUGUUAGUAAAGUAAUAUAUAAACAAAUGCUCUGUUGUUUGAUGUCAAACCGGCUGCUGUAAUGCAGGCACAAAGUGAACCGGUCAAACAAAUGCAGCCGUUAAACUGUGCUCCCUUAGUUUUACUUAAAUCAUAUGAUAAUUUAAUAUUAUGCAUUAUGUUAGUUUUAUGACAAGCAACAGUUUGUGACGGCCCUCGCCCAGGGCUA